CUACAACGGGCUGAAAGAGGAAGACAUAUACACUCCGGACGGCGUGAAGGAAAUUGGCAUCGAAACGGCCAAGCCGAUUGUCACUACUGCCUACCUGCUCGACAUCGCCGGAUUCAAGGGGGUGGACAUGAUCACCCAGAGAUACGUGGUGACCCUGAGCGACGUCAAGGGCGCCAUGGAAAGGCAGGGCAUCAGCGAAGAAGAAUUCGUUCCGGGCAACGCCUACAUUUUCAGUUACGGCUACGAUACGCUGUGGCUCACCGACCCCGACCGCUACGGCAACAUGACCGGUGGCAUCUCCUGCGAGGUCGCCGAGUACUUCGCCAGCAGGGGCGCCGUGCUCUUCGGGGGCGACAGCCACCCCGUGGAGGCCAUGCCGGAUGGGGUGGAGCCGCUGGUCGACCCCGUGCACACCUACAUCAUUCCCAAGUUCGGAAUGCACAUGCUGGAGAAUCUGUUCCUCCAGGAGCUUCUUGAAGACGGGGUGAACAGGUUCCUGCUGGUGGUGAGCCCGCUGAAGUGGGUGGGGGGCAUCGCCUCCCCCGUGGCACCCAUAGGCAUCGCGUGA